GGCGGCGGCGGCCGGAGUGGCGACCGGGCCUAGUCGCGCCUCUCGCUCGGGCGGCGGCGGCCAGCGCUGGAGCGGCCGCGACUUGCGAGGCUCCUGGAGCUGGACUCCAAUGUACAGCGAUGGAUGACGAAUCCCUGGAUGAGCUCGUGACCCGGAGCCCGGGGCCAGCCGGACGCCCGCCAGCCAGCGACACUGAAGGCAGCGAUGGCAGCAGCGAGGGCUCCGAGGACGACACAGGCAGCGAGCACGGGGACAGCAGUGGCAGAGAGGACGAGGCAGGGGCCUCUGAGGAGGAAGAGGAGGAAGACCUGGGAGACAGAUACGAUUCCGAUGGCUCCGAGGAAGACGCGGACACGGCAGUGGCCGCAGCGGCUGCUCAGGGGAAGUUGGAAGCCAGUGGCGCGUUCAGUUCCGACGACGAUGCGGAGAGUUGCCCGAUUUGUCUCAACGCGUUCAGAGACCAGGCUGUGGGGACGCCGGAGAACUGUGCCCAUUACUUCUGCCUUGACUGCAUCGUCGAGUGGUCCAAGAAUGCCAAUUCCUGUCCUGUUGAUCGAACCACGUUCAAGUGCAUCUGUAUUCGAGCCCGGUUUGGUGGCAAAGUCUUGAAGAAGAUCCCGGUGGAUCGCCCAGAGGCCCUGGAAGAGGAGGAGGAGGAGGACCCGACCUUCUGUGAGGUGUGCGGCAGGAGCGACCGUGAGGACAGGCUUCUGCUGUGCGAUGGCUGUGAUGCUGGGUACCACAUGGAGUGUCUGGAGCCCCCUCUCCAGGAAGUGCCGGUGGACGAGUGGUUCUGUCCAGAGUGUGCUGCCCCCGGAGCUGCUGCUGCCCCUGCCGCUGAUGCGGGUAUUGUGAGCGAGGAGGAGGUCUCCCUGCUGCUGGCCGACGUGGUGCCCACCACCAGCCGGCUGCGGCCUCGCACAGGCAGGACCCGGGCCAUUGCCAGGACAAGGCAGAGUGAGAGAGUGAGAGCGACUGUAAACCGGAAUCGCAUCUCCACGGCCAGGAGAGUUCAGCACGUGCCGAGGCACCUCAUGUCCUCUCUGCUGGAGGAGACCAUUGAGGCCGUGGCCACCGGUCUGAGCACCGCUGUGUACCAGCGUCCCCUGACACCACGGGCCCCUGCUAAGCGGAGACGGAAAACAGGAAGACGGAAGAAAGUGCCAGGGAGAAGGAAGACCCAGUCCCGGCCGUCGGUGCGGAGCAAGAAACGCCAGCACCGCGUGAAGAAGAGAGGGAGGACCACGAAGAAGGAAGUCACCACGCGCUCCCGCAUCGCACGGACACUGGGCCUCCGCAGGCCGGCCCGCGGCACCUGCACGCCGGCGCUGGCCAGACCCCUGGAGCCCUCGCCGAGUCUCAUCCCAGCAGACAUCGGGGCAGCCCCUCUCUCUGUGUUUGGGGACCCCUACGAGCUGGACCCCUUCGACAGCAAUGAGGAGCCAUCUGUGAGUCCCCCGUCGCCUCUGAGCGCCAAGAGGAGGGCUCUGUCCCGCUCCGCCUUGCAGUCUCACCAGCCCGUGGCCAGGCCGGUCUCCCUGGGGUCCUCCAGGACACACCUCCCUGUCGGGACCUUGGAGCCAGACACAGAGGCGGCACCCACGCCCGACCUCCUGGGGAGCAUCCUCUCGGGUCAGAGCCUGCUGAUGCUGAACAGCGCUGACGUCCUCAUCCACCGGGACGGCUCCCUCAGCGCCAGGACGGCAGCCCCAGUUUCCUUUCAGCGGAACUCGGCUGGUCCAGCCAGAGCGGAAGGAGGGUCCAGGCCUACAGGCAGUCUGCUGCCCAGACUGCCCUCCUCAGGGGGCCCAGCCCAUCACCUCUUAGGAAGCAGGCCACAGAGCCUGGGGUCGAGUGGUCCAAGCCGCCCAGCCCUGCCCUGCACUCCGGUCCACACUGGGCCUCCAGGAGGGCCGGACUCCUCUGCCAUCCCUGGGUCAGGGCCUGGCUUGAGACUGACUGGCAGCUCCCAGAUUAGCGGCUCCAGUAAGCAGGUGUCGGCUUCACCCAAGCCCUGCAGGAGUCAUUCUAACUCUACACCCAAAAGCACAGCCCCAGGACAUCCUCUGAAGCCAGCCCCCAGGAGAGCCAGCAUCGCUGACCUGCCCCGAAUACCAAAGAUCCGACGGGGCGGCAGUGGCCCCAGCCAGGACUCGGCCCCAGCCCCCGGGCAGAGGGUCGAGAUCCCCAGCGCCUGCAUCAGCCGUCUGACGGGGAGGGAGGGCCCCGGGCAGCCAGGGCAGGGCACCCGGGGAGAGGGCGAGCCUGGCAACAGGGGCCCCCAGGAGCCCAGCUCGCACACAGGCAGCUCCCGGCCCCCCGCCCCCAGCUCCCACUGCAGCCUGUCCCCACUGGGGCCUUCCAGAGGGAAGGGGGUCGGCUCGACCUUCGAGAGCUUCCGGAUCAACAUUCCCGGGAACACAGCGCAGGCCAGUAGGCUCUCCAGCCCUGGCUUCUGCAACACAUUCCGGCCCGUGGACAGUAAGGUGCAGAGGAAGGAGAGCCCCUCACCCCUCUUCUCCAUCAAAAAGACAAAGCAGCUCAAGAGCGAGAUCUACGACCCGUUUGACCCCACUGGCUCCGACUCAAGCCCCCCCAGCAGCAGCCCUGAGAGCCUGGGCGCCAGCCUCCUGCCCUCUGAGAUCACGCGCACCAUCUCCAUCCGCAGCCCAAAGGCACCCCCGCUGCAGGCCGUGCGCUGUGUCACCUCCUACACCGUGGAGAAGGUCUUUGAGACGGAGGCCGAGGCCUCCCGUGGGCCGUCCUUGCUCAGGCUCAGGGGCGCGGGGGCUGCCGAGGAGGAGCCCACGGGGAGCCGGGGUCUUGCCUCCCCAGCCCCUGAGCCCUGGGACGAGGACAGGGGGCCCUGCGACACCUUCUUUGGCUCUGAGGAGCGGACGGUGACCUGUGUGACUGUCCUGGAGCCAGAGGGUCCCCCCAGCCCCGCUGUGCCACAGGAGACCACCCAUAGGAUCGUGGAGCUCCGGUCCCCGUCGCGCUCCCGCUCCCGCUCCAGUUCCCGUGGCAGGAAGAAAACCAAGAGGAAGCGGGUGGCCCGGGAGCACCGGAGGACACGCUCUGGGACCCGCUCUGGCUCCAGGGACAGGAGCUCGCGGUCAGUGUCACCAGCGGCAAGUGAGGACCCCACCAGGAGGCACCGAGCCAAGGCCAAGAGCCGCAGGUCUUCCAGCGAGCGCUCGAGCAGCCACGAGAGAGCCAAGAGGAAGAAGGCCAAGGGCAAGGGCAAGGACCGCAGGAGAGACUCUUGGGGCCGAGGCCACAGAAGGACCCGGUCACGCUCGGGGAGCCCCGGCAGCUCCUCCUAUGAGCACCGUGAUGGCAGGAGAAAGAAGCGGCGGCGGUCGGGGUCCAGGUCUCGGGGGCGGGAGUACUCCCCCCCCAGCAGCCUAGAGAGGGGCUGGAGGCAUAAGCACCAGCGGGAGAGGAGCCGCGAGCGGCCGGAGAGGAAGGACAGUGCUUCCAGGCCGCGAGAGAGGAGGAAGUGGAGGUCACGGUCCCCGAGUGCUGAGCACAGGGGCCGAGAGCCCCCACAGCCACGUUCCCACGAGAAACGGCCCCCGGCCAGGUCUCCAGAGAGGAAAGUGACCGUGCGGGAGGCUUCCCCAGCACCUCCCCCCCAGGAAGACCCCCCAGCUGGGCCAGCAGCCCCGGUGCAGGCGGAUGUCGCUCCACAGGGCACUGUGGGCAGUGAGGCCCCUCCGCAGGAUGCCCCCGUGCUGGACACGCCUGAUGACCUGGACUACGGGGACUCUGUCGAGGCCGGCCACAUCUUUGAGGACUUUUCCAGCGACACUGUUCUGGCCCAGCUGGACGACAUGAGCUCACCACCUUCCCCUGAGAGCACCGACUCCUCCCCUGAGCGCGACUUCCCACCCAGGCCUGGGCAGCCCCCAGCCAGCUGGCUGCCCGACAACAGCCUGGCCGUGGCCGUUGCUCAAGGGGAGGCACCGCUGACCCGCGGGGAGGACACAUCCCAGCCUCCGUCCCACGUGGGGGGCCCCCAAGAGCAAUCACUUGUGCAGGACACAGCUGGGACCGACGGGGCACAGGACUCCCUGGGUGCAGCCCCCCUGGAGAGAGGGGGUGUCCCAGUGGUGGCUGGGCCUGAGCAGGCCUCCCAGACGCCCCUGCUGCGGUCCCGAGCCCUGGUGAAGAGAGUUACCUGGAACCUCCAGGAGCCGGAGAGCAGUGCUGUGGCUGAGGACAGAGCCCCGAGGGCCCCACUUCACAGGCCACAGAGACCCCGGGAGGGGGCCUGGGAUGUGGAGGACGGGGCCCCUGCUAUGGUGACCAUGGCAGCGUUUCCUGAGCCACCGCCUCCCAGCCACCAGUUUGCAGAUCCUGUGUUCCUCAGCGGAGACCCCUCUCAGGUGGGUGUGGCAUGGGGCGGGGCCCGCGGGUCACUGGGCGGGGCCGGGUCCUGUUGGGCCCUGCACUCAGCGGGGUUUCUCUCCCAGGUUUACAGUCCCUACGUGCCUCCCGCCCUGGCCCAGCCCUCAAGCGUGCUCCCCUGCGUGCCAGCCAGCCAGCCCACCGUCCAGUUUGUCCUGCAAGGGAGCCUGCCCCUGGCAGGCUGUGGGGUGGCACAGAGCCUGGCCCCAGUGCCCACCCUCCUGACCACAGCCUCAGAUCCAGCCAGCCAGGCCACCACCAACAACUCGGAGGAGGGGACCGCGUCACUCAGGCCGGCCCCAGAGAAGACCAAAAAGGAAGAAUACAUGAAGAAGCUGCACAUGCAGGAGCGGGCCGUGGAGGAGGUGAAGCUGGCCAUCAAACCCUUCUACCAGAAGAGGGAGGUGACCAAGGAGGAGUACAAGGACAUCCUGCGCAAGGCGGUGCAGAAGAUCUGCCACAGCAAGAGUGGCGAGAUCAACCCCGUGAAGGUGGCCAACCUGGUGAAGGCCUACGUGGACAAGUACCGGCACAUGCGCAGGCACCGGAGGGCCGAGGCUGCCGAGGAGCCGCCCGCGCAGGGCGCCGAGGCCUGAGGCCCGGGGACAGCAGCACUGCCGCCCUGGGCUGCUCCUGUGUGCUCACGCGGACUGGGCUUUUUAACGUGUAUAUUAUAGAUACACUGUUUCC